AUGGGCUGCUCUGGCAUCCUCCGCUUCAUCACCCCCACAGGGAUGGGCAGCUACAAGUGGCGGCUGGUGGAGGGAUUGACAUCUGGCGAGAAGGAGUGGAUCCAUUGUGCCAGGCAGGGCGGGGGCCCUGCUUCACUCUGCCUCAUGAGUGGUGGCAAUGUGGCCCUGGCAUGGACAGUCUGCCCUUCGCAGGAGCCAGGAGUUGGCCAAACCCGAGCUGCUCGGCUCAGGGUGGGGGAUCGGGCCCAGGGGGACCCUCAGGGUGCCCAACGCCUCCGCAUGCCCCCAGCAGUGCUCUCGCCGCCAGAUGCCGAGAAGACCCCGGAGUACUGGAACGAAGGGGCCAGGAGGAGGCUGGAGGCGGCCCUGGCCUUGCAGCCGGUGGUGCGGCGGGCCAAAAACAUCAUCCUCUUCAUGGGUGACGGCAUGGGGCUGACCACGGUGUCGGCGGCUCGGAUCUACAAGGGGCAGCUGGCUGGCGGCUUGGGUGAGGAGAGCGUCUUGGCCAUGGAGACCUUUCCCCACGUGGCCCUGGCCAAGACCUACACCAUCGACCGGCAGGUGCCCGACAGCGCUGGCACAGGCACAGCCUACCUCUGCGGGGUGAAGACCAAUGCCAAGACACUGGGGCUGAAUGGGGCGGCCGUCUACGGCAAAUGUCGCACGGCCUUUGGCAACGAGGUGGACUCCAUCCUGCACCGGGCCAGGCUGGCAGGCAAGUCAGUGGGCAUCGUGACGACCACACGGGUGCAGCACGCAUCCCCCGGGGCAGCCUAUGCCCACUCAGCCAGCCGGAGCUGGUACGCUGACGCCAACAUGCCCAAGGAGGCAUUGCGGGAUGGCUGCAAGGACAUCGCCUAUCAGCUGGUGCACAACACUGACAUCAACGUGAUCCUUGGUGGCGGGCGGAUGUACAUGACCCCCAAGCGGACCGCGGACCCUGAGUACCCGGAGGACCCAGCUCAGAAUGGCACCAGGAAGGACGGCCUGGACUUGAUUGCCGAAUGGCUGAGUGCCAAGCAGGGCGCCCGCUAUGUCUGGGACAAGAAGGGCCUGGACGCAGUUGAGGAUGACUCUGUGAACCACCUGAUGGGACUCUUCGAGCCCAAGGACAUGAAGUACGAGCUGAACCGCAACACCUCCACGGACCCCUCCAUCGUGGAGAUGACAGAAAAGGCCAUUCGCAUCCUGCGCAGGAACCCCAAUGGCUUCUUCCUCUUUGUGGAAGAUGACUGCAUUCCCUGUGCAGGUGGCAGGAUCGACCACGGCCACCACAGCGGCCGGGCCAAGCAGGCACUGAUGGAGGCCGUCAUGCUGGACCGGGCGGUGGCACGGGCGGGUGAGCUCACCUCCCCCUCCGACACCCUGACUGUGGUGACGGCCGAUCACUCCCAUGUCUUCACGUUCGGGGGAAACACGCUGCGUGGCACCUCCAUCUUUGGGCUGGCCCCCAAGAAAGCCAAGGACAAACGAGCCUAUACCAGCAUCCUCUAUGGCAAUGGGCCUGGCUACAGCAUCCGUGAUGGGGGCCGCCCAGCCGCCAGCCUCCCUGCUGCGGAGGACAAGGACUACAGGCAGCAGGCAGCCGUGCCCCUGGAUACAGAGACCCACAGUGGGGAGGAUGUGGUGGUGCUGGCCCAGGGUCCCAUGGCCCACCUCUUCCACGGGGUGCAGGAGCAGCACUACAUCGCCCACGCCAUAGCCUACGCCGCCUGCCUUGAGCCCUAUGCUGCCCAGCCCCGGUGCAGGACAGCCCGCAGGGCCUCCCGUGGCACCCAGCGCUCCCCCCAGCCCCUGCUCACCCUCCUGACCCUCUGCGUGGCCACCCGCUUGGUAGGGGGCUGA